AUGCGCCUUCUCCUCGUCUGGCUGGCCAUCUUCUUUUUGCUGACCACCGUCUGCGCUCGGCCAAUCAGACCUUUCGAAUAUCUUGAGGAGACCAUGCACGCUCGCUCACUUCACGACAAAGUGAGGCUGGGGGAGAAGAGCAAGCAGGGCAGCGCAAGCCUGAAGUCGCUGGUCAAGAUACGACCACUUGUCAGGCGACUUCUACGCCCUGUGACGGGUACUGCACCAAGAGCGUACGAGCGGGUGAUGACCACUUCGGAAGCAGCUCGAGCUCGCUUCGUCGCUGCUUUUCGCGACCCUCGCGUUGGGCUCCCGAUCACUGCCAUCACCGGUGUCUCCGUGUUUGGAUGCCUGGUCUCGUGCGCUGACAUCGUCGAACACUACAAAAAAGAAGAGAAAAAGCGCAAGCAGCGUGCCAAACAUCUAGAUUCUGUGAAAGCUACGUCGCCAUCAGCCUCGACCUCGGCGUCAGCAUCUGGUGACAAAGCUCACAAGGAGACUGCUCCGCCUUCGCGGGCUAGCGAUGAUCAUUCUCAAGGGCAGCACGCGCAGAAAGGACCGAGACUACCUAACCCUCCUCCUCGCAAGCGAAACACAACUGGCAUUGACGAAGACGCCGUCCUCACUUCCGUAGCAAUGUUAGCAGCUCACGUAGGCGCCCAUCCCACGAAGCGCAGUUUAAGCGAACCACAAGCCACUAGAGCGGCACGCUUUCGGAUCACUCACGACUGGAGUCCAACUGGAUCGGAAGAAUCCCAUUUAUUGAGGUGGAUGCGGUUUCCCCCCGUCGCAGGAGUCUCUCUGCUCUACCGCAGGCUGUCUUUGGCCCUCUCCCGGCCAGUCCUGUUGUACGAAGCACCUUCCCCUACAGGUCUUCGAAGCGCGCUGCAGCUAAAGCAGCACCGCGGUAG